GCGGAGAAAACUCCCGAAGCCAGGGACGGGGCUUGGGAGCGCCACAGACCAUAUCGGGGACAGUAGGUUGCCGGCGCCGCCGAACCCCACCCCCGCCGCCCUCUGGAACUCCCGGGGGAGCGCCUGGGACUGCGGCGGCCUCCACAGCUCGUGAUCCCCCGGCCCGGGCCACCCGCGACCACCGGCCCCAGGUCCGCAGCCCGGCGUCCCGUCAGACCCGGGCCCCCCGCGCCAGCCACACCCGGCGCUCACCGCCCGCGGCACCCCUCUCCCCGGCUCCCCCGCGCUCUCAAGUGGCGCGCUCCGGCCCCGCCCCUGACGCCCUAGGGGCGUGGCUUCCCCGUCACGUGACGGGGAGUGACCUCGCCGCCCGGCGCCAUGGGGGCCUCGGACCCGGAAGUGGCUCCUUGGGCUCGCGGCGGGGCCGCGGGGAUGGCGGGAGCCGGAGCUGGCGCCGGAGCUCGCGGCGGAGCGGCAGCGGGAGUCGAGGCCCGGGCUCGCGAUCCGCCGCCCGCGCACCGCGCGCACCCGCGCCACCCUCGGCCCGCGGCGCAGCCCUCGGCCCGCAGGAUGGACAGCGCGAACGGGGGCUUGGGCUCCGGGGACAACGCCCCGACCACGGAGGCUCUUUUCGUGGCCCUGGGCGCGGGUGUGACGGCGCUCAGCCACCCGCUGCUCUACGUGAAGCUGCUCAUCCAGGUGGGUCAUGAGCCGAUGCCCCCCACCCUUGGGACCAAUGUGCUGGGGAGGAAGGUCCUCUAUCUGCCGAGCUUCUUCACCUACGCCAAGUACAUUGUGCAAGUGGAUGGUAAGAUAGGGCUGUUCCGAGGCCUGAGCCCCCGGCUGAUGUCCAACGCUCUCUCCACUGUGACCCGGGGGAGUAUGAAGAAGGUUUUCCCUCCAGAUGAGAUUGAGCAGGUUUCCAACAAGGAUGAUAUGAAGACUUCUCUGAAGAAAGUAGUGAAGGAGACGUCCUACGAGAUGAUGAUGCAGUGCGUGUCCCGCAUGCUGGCGCAUCCCCUGCAUGUUAUCUCAAUGCGAUGCAUGGUCCAAUUUGUGGGACGGGAGGCCAAGUACAGUGGCGUGCUGAGCUCCAUUGGGAAGAUUUUCAAAGAGGAGGGGCUGCUGGGAUUCUUCGUCGGCUUAAUCCCUCACCUCCUGGGCGAUGUGGUAUUCUUGUGGGGCUGUAACCUGCUGGCCCACUUCAUCAAUGCCUACCUGGUGGAUGACAGCUUCAGCCAGGCCCUGGCCAUCCGGAGCUACACCAAGUUCGUGAUGGGGAUUGCAGUGAGCAUGCUGACCUACCCCUUCCUGCUGGUCGGCGAUCUCAUGGCUGUGAACAACUGUGGGCUGCAGGCCGGGCUGCCCCCUUACUCCCCAGUGUUCAAAUCCUGGAUUCACUGCUGGAAGUACCUGAGUAUGCAGGGCCAGCUCUUCCGAGGCUCCAGCUUGCUUUUCCGCCGAGUGUCAUCAGGAUCGUGCUUUGCCCUGGAGUAACCUGAACCAUCUAAAAAAAAAAACAUGCCGUGUCAACCUGGCCUCCGUGGAUGAGGCCUGAUCUCUUGGGCCACCUGUAAGGCUACACCAACCCAGCAACACCUGGAUGUGCUCCAGCACAGCUGGGCUUCAGUUCCCAUAUUUGCCGUGUAUCUGUCCAGAUGUGGGGUUGGGCUGGGGUGGGGCUGCGCCCGGUGGAUCGAGUCAGCUGUCAGACCUGGGGAAGGUGGGGUAGGGUGGGGAACUGGGGCAGAAUCCCCUUGCUCCCAGAUUUGCGGAGUCUGCCUUGUGCAGGGGCGAGAGAAUGGCUCGUGAAGGCCCAGGUUGGAUGGGGAAAGGCUGAUGGGUCAGAUCCCACCCCCCACCCCUUGAGGCAGCCCCGCUCCCAUCCCGCAGCUCGGCUGGGAGCACCGCUCUCCCGCUUUGUAAAUAGGACACGAUCCCCCUUCGCCAUAGGCCUGUGUGAGGAGGCUAACGCUAGGUUCCCCCUUGGUUUUUCUCAACACUACGUUUCUGAUACGAAGACAGCACCUUCUGAACGGGAGAUCAUGUGACUACUCAGAACGUGCCCCUCAUCUCAUGCUUCCGUGUUUCAUGGUGACACGUCAUGUGCAGGACCGGUUGCCUGUGCAGCUGUGAACACCCAGAGGUUAGGCAAAUCAGUGUUUCUAGUCCUGCCCCAUUUAAAAGUUCAUGGUAAGAUUCGACCCUGUCUCCCUCAAAUAAAUGUCUUGGUGGUGAUUUGGA